UGCAUGCACUAGCUAACUAAAUUCACAAAAAUGAUGUCUGGGCUCCUUGCAACAUUUGUGCUCUUGCAUUUCACAGCCUAUGCUGCAGCCAACAGAGAACUGGUGCUGGCUCUGGAGGACACAUUCGAGGACUUCAACUUGAGCCUCUGGAAACACGAGCUCACUCUGGGUGGUGGAGGAAAUUUCGAGUUUCAGUGGUACACUAACAAUCGAACCAACAGCUAUGUAGAGGAUGGGGUCUUGCACAUCAUGCCGACUCUAACUGCCAAUGAUAUUGGAGACGCUGCUGUUCGGGGUGGUUCCCUCAACAUUUGGGGUACCCAGCCACCCAACCUUUGCACGGGGAACAUGUUUUAUGGUUGCGAGAGAAAUGCAGGAGCUAGUGGAAAUUAUCUCAAUCCUGUGAAAUCAGCUCGCAUUCGAACAGCUGAGAGUUUCUCGUUUACCUACGGUAAAGUAGAGAUACGUGCAAAGCUACCCAGAGGGGACUGGUUGUGGCCGGCUAUUUGGAUGCUACCAACGGAUGAGCAGUAUGGAUCUUGGCCUGCUAGUGGUGAGAUCGACAUUAUGGAGUCUCGUGGCAAUCCACCAGAAUAUGCUCCCGGUGGCUACAAUAGUUAUGGAUCUACACUCCACUGGGGAGUCAACGUGCACCAGAAUCAAUUUCCUCAAACGAACCAAGCGACGACACAAGAACAGAAACAGGAUUUCACUAGUGACUUCCACACAUAUGGUUUGAUAUGGAACGAGACUCACCUCAUCGGCUAUCUCGAUACCGAAGACAAUCCAGUGCUUGAGGUUCCAAUAACGGAGUCAUUCUUUGAUCGAGGCGGCUGGAAUCAAUCCGUGUGGAGCAACCCUUGGAGAGGACGUGGGAACAAUGCUCCUUUUGAUCGAAAGUUUUUUUUGCUCAUCAACUUGGCAGUCGGUGGAGUGGGAGGCUAUUUCCCUGAUGGUGCUGGAAAGCCUUGGAACAAUACUGAUCCUGACUCUGUCAAUAAGUUCUAUAAUGCAAAAGAUGAUUGGUUUCCAACCUGGACACAGUCCUUCCAGAUUGAUUCUGUACGUGUGUGGACCUACAAAGACACUGAACCUACUACUGGCAUGCCUACAACACCGACUAGUUCUGCCAUGAUACAGUUUCUAACAAGCAGCACGUUUACUCUGGUAAUGCUGUCCCUUGCAUUGUCUGUCGGUGUGUUUAAAGUACUCAAUUAAGAAGAACUGAAGAACAAUAGCUAUUAUGAUAAUUGUCGGUUGUCUAUAUAAACAAUAGUGGGCAGAUACUAGCUAUAGUAAAUGUCAUGUACAUUGGGAAACAUUGACUAGCUCAAAUUACAUAGUUUUUGUAUAAUUUUUAUCAAUUUGUUACAAACAUUCGAACACCGUUUACUUUGAAA